UCUAUGCAACAAAUUACAUGCACAAUCAUAGGGGUUAAGCUCUAUGAUUAAGAUAACUAAGACCUAGGGUUCACUCAUCAAGGGUUAGGGUAUAAUAUCAUGCCCACAAAUCCGGUAAAUUCGUGGUCCAGAUAGCAUUUUCUUACUUAGAGUAUAAGAUCAUGCUAUGAUAUUGACAAUAGAUGUGGCAUUACACCAACAAAAUGAAGAUAUUAGUAUAAGUAGUGGAUUUUUUAUCUCAAAACAAGCACCAAAGAUAAAUAAAUUUUAGCAAAUGCAUAUUUGAUAAGUUAGAAAUUUAUACAACAAUGGACCAUGUUAAGAUUAGAAGCCUCGACAGUGUGUGAGUAUCUUGGACCGAGAUUCUAAACCAACAUUUAAACAACGACCAUGAGUUGAGGGUGAGUCUAUAUUAAACUUUAGGAAUUAAAAAUCGGUACAUAUUGUAUAAGAUAUUGAAUUGAGUGUCUUGAUAGACAAAUAUGAUCUUACACUAAGACAGUAAAAUUUGAAUUGGGAUGACCAAAUCUAUGUAAUAUUGAGAGUCUUGGUACAUAUUAAGUUGUCGUCAUCUGAGCAACAUCAUUGGUUGAGAGUUCCUCCAAACUCGACAUUCAUUGAAUGGCAUAUAUUGUAUAAGACAAAAAAAAAAUUGAGUAUCGUUAUUGACAAAUCUUGACAUAAGAUUCUAUAUGGGACGUGAUAUAUCUUUGUGACAUGAUUUAUGAUCAGUGAAUCGAAGCAUUGUUAGUGAAUGUGUUAAGUAUUGAGAAUUUUUAAUUUAUAGACGCACUGCAUACUCACCAAGGAAUGCAACUGUAAAAAAUUUAGAAGAUCCAAAAUAGUUUAAACAUAUAGAUAAAUUGAUUAAUGUAAAUGGUAAAAUUAAACUCACCGGCCAACAGGCCGGGUAAAAAGCUAGUGUUAGGAUAGAAGGAAAUGCUAAAGUUGGUGAUUGAUAAGGUCAAUUUGGGGAGUACAAGGGAUACGAUUUGCGAAGGGAGGAGUUAUCUAUGAUGAGCUUCGGUAUUUGUUUGCUUUGGUAUUAGGAUACCAAAAGUGAUUCAUGAUAGAGGUAGACAGAACAAUAGAGUGGUUCAUGGCUAAAAAAUCUCUUCCUUGGUUUCUUAUUGGAUGUAAUGGGUUUGAUAUUUGGUAGGUCUGGACAAUCGGUUAUUGGUUAGUGGUUAACCGAUUGGUUACAAUCAAAAUUGGUCAGUUAUCAACUAAUCGAAAACCGGAAUGACCGAAAGUCGGUUGGUGUUCGGAGGCUCGACGAGAUGAUUUUGAUAUUGAGAGAGGGUUCGGUUAAUUGAAAACCGUGAUAACCAAAGCCUUGAAUCCUCUUUCAAUCGAUGGUCGAUAGGUUUUGGGAGGUGGUUCGGUUAACCGUUAACCAAAAAUUUGAUUUUCGGUUAUACCGAAACCGACUGACCCCCAACCCUAAUAUCUGGUGAUGGCUUCGUUAAGAAGCUAUCUCUUGACAAGUGAUCCUAAUUUUUCUCCGGCGAGACCACCGAGCGACUGUUAGGACCCCACAAAAUCCCCACCUUAAAACCCCCGCCAUUUUGCCACACUUUCAAUUUCAAACACGCAACAAUCCCCAUUCUCUUCUCCUCUUUGCUCUUCCAAAAAAUCCGAUUACAAUCCUCUCCACCAUUACCCCACUCUCUGAACUGAUACACAAACCCUAGAAAGCAAUCUAUAAGCAUUCAAUCCUCCCUCCAUUUCUGCUCCCUUUUCCCUUCCAUCACUUUACCAUGAACCCUUACUCCUUCACCGUCGAUUCCCUCUCCAAAUCCCAGGACCUCGCCGCUGCCAUCCUCGCCGCCUCCACUCCCUCCCAGAUUUCCGCCGCCUGCUCCUCCCUCGACGCCUUCCUCCGCUCCCACUCCCCCGACCAGUCCCGCCACUUCUUCUCCCUCGCCUUCCCCGCCCUCAUCUGCAAGCUCUACGGCUUCGACGACGCCUCCCCCUCUCCUCCUCCGCCUUCUUCCUCCUCCGGUGGUGGCGGCUGGAUCGACGUCGUCCUCCACUCCAACGACGCCGAUCUCGCCGCUAGGGUCUUCGAUCUCCUUUCCCCCGAUGGAGUGCUGUUCCAUUUGAUCUCCGCCGUCGAUCGCCAGUCCCUCGUCAAGUACGUUUUCCCUACCGAGCGGCUGCCGGAGUGGGCCCGGCUGGUUCUCUCAGCGGACAAGGAUUGCCAGGGGUUGAGCGCGUUGUGUCCUGUUUUCCAAGGUAAAGUGAGGGAAGGAGGAUCGAGUAAGGGUUCUUCUUCUUCUUCGUCGUCGUAUCAAAUUCAGCUCAAUGUUUUUGAGUAUUUCGUGUAUUGGUUCGCUUACUACCCGAUUUGCAAAGCCAAUAGCGAGAACUCGAGUGGUGCGAUGAUGUCGGCGACGAAGAGUAAGACGGUGUCGAAAUUGGAGAACUGGGCUUCUUCGAUCCCCAGGCUGUCGCAUUCUAAGCGUGGGAAUGAGCAGAAAUUGGAAUGUGAUCUUUAUGCCAGGCUUUUGUAUGCUUAUUUGCGUGCCUUUGUGCCUGUUCAAGGUAUGGAUACUCACCAGCCUUAUCGUAGCUCGCUUUUGCAUUAUGGUUAUGGAGUAGAUGGUGGCUCUUCCAUGGUGAGAGCAGAGUUUUUUGUUGAUACUUUGGUGCACUAUUGGCUCGUUGAUUAUGAUUUCUCACCACUACCUGUUAAUCUUUGUAAGUCUGUGGGAUUAUCAUUUUCACUGAGGUCAGUACUGGGUGAGACUCCACCAUCGUCUAGUUUGGGUGAGGUAGUCAAGUUGUUGGUUAAGUACUUGAAUUGUAGUGCCCGUGUGGCCCAAGAAGUUGUUGGACGAGUUGAAAAUGCAAAUGGGGGAAGGUUUUCCCCAAGCUCCUUUUAUAUGAAAUCAGGAGAAUUGGUUGCUUCUGUAUAUAAGUCUUCAGAGUUGGUUGGAUCCUGGAACUUGUGCAUUCAAAGACCGCUAUAUCGAUUCAUUCUCAGAACUUUUCUUUUCUGUCCCAUGGGCACUUCGAUAAAGAAUGCAUCUCAGGUGUUCUCUGUAUGGGUUACGUACAUGGAACCAUGGAAGAUUGCAAUGGAUGAUUUUCUGGAGCUCGAUACGAAUGUUGGUUCUUCUGGGAUAGACAUGAAUAAGAAAGUUGGACAAAGCAGACAAUGUGGGUAUCAAUCUUCGUGGGAAGGCUAUGUCUUGUCCAAUUACUUGUACUACAGCUCAUUGAUUAUGCAUUUUAUUGGAUUCGCACAUAAGUUUCUUCACACUGAUCCUGUAGUGAUUACGGAGAUGGUGUUAAAGGUUAUAACAGUAUUGACAUCAAACAAAGAGUUGAUGAAUCUGAUAAAGAAUGUGGAUAAAGUCUUUCAUACCAAACAAGCUGGAUCUGGGAAAGCCAUGCUCAGUAGUUUAUACAAAUAUGUACCCUUAAUCAGAGAUCAGUUGCAGGAUUGGGAGGAUGGUCUGUGUGAGAGUGAUGCUGAUGGAUCUUACUUGCAUGAGAACUGGAACAGAGAUCUGAGGCUCUUUAGUGAUGCAGAAGAUGGAGGACAACAAUUGUUACAGUUGUUUCUAUUACGCGCAGAGUCCGAAUUGCAAGCCAACUCUGGCAUUAAUUUUUCACAAAACCUGGAGCUUAUAGAGUCACUGAAGGAGAAAGUGAGCUGUUUAUUUGGUUGCUAUGCCAUGAGAUCAAUUUCUUUCACACCGGAGAAGAAACAACUGGCAGAGCAUACUCGAGAUGAUAUAUUCACCCCCAGAAAAGUUGGAAAUCACAACUUUGCUGAUGUCAAGUACAAGGGUGACUGGAUGAAGCGUCCAGUAUCUGCAGAUGAGGUUGCAUGGCUUGCAAAUUGGUUUGUGUGCUUGUCGUGUUGGCUAAAUGAGACCCUUGGGUUGGAUCGAGCUGAAAAUGGCGAUGUGAGCUCGAAGUGGUCUUAUGUCGAGGUUUCGAGCUACUCAGCAAAUAUUGAUGGACCUACAGAAACCAUGAAGACUAUGUUGCGUGCUAUCUGCUCAUGGCUCUUAAUACUGGGUGCUACGAUUGUUGGGUUGAUGAGGAAGCAUGGUAUUCGGGUGAAUCUUAGGCCAUUAGCAUUGAAGAAAGUUAUUACAGUUCUGCUCCUGUCCGCUCUUUUUAGUGUUGUGAAGAAGGGUGUUAGAAUGUUUCUGGGAGCAUAGCCUUUUACGAAGAAACAAGAUAGGGAGAAAUCAGGGGAGAAAGGAGAGUACAGAAGUAAUUAAAAAGUAAAAACUACUGAUGUAGGAAUAGAUGAAUGUUUGCUUAGUUUGUUCAAAAGAGGGGGAAACAAAAGGGGAAUGUUUACACAGGAUCAGGAAAUAGUUUUAAAGAAAGAAGUCAAUUUUUCUUCUAUGUUUUGAGGUAUGCUGCUUUAGGGGUUUGUUCGCCUUGCUUUGUAACUAAGGUCUAAUAGUAUGAUAUUGUGCAGCUCUUGAGGGUUUCUCCUUUCUUUUGGUUGCUUACUAUUUUCAGUAAGCUUCUUACCUGAGUCAUGUACAACACCUUUUGUAAUUUUGUUCUGAAUGUGAAUAUAUGUUUCUCACAUGA